GCAGACCCCCAGUGCCGGGCUAAUGGAGGCAACUUAGCCAGGAGCGCGCGGCCCCUGGUUGAUCAGCGCGCGGCGCUGCCUGCUCCCCCGCCCCGGGCGCUGCGCCCCCCCAGCACCCCGGAGCCCGCCGGGCCCUGCAGGGCGCUGCACCGCCCCCAGGGUUUAUUGGCUGUUCGCGCUGCCCCGAUGAUGUUACCGAGCCCCGUCACCUCCACCCCCUUCUCUGUCAAAGACAUCCUCAGCCUGGAGCAGCAGGAGCCGCGCUAUGGGGGCCCGCUGCAGCAGCACCUGGAGCAGCACUUCCACUCGGCAGCCUGCCUGCUGGCGGCCGCGGACGGCUCCCGCUUCUCCGACGGGGAGGAGGAGGAGGAGGAGGAGAAGCUGUCCUACCUGAGCGCCAUGGCCGCGGCGGAGAGCCAAGGGGACGUGGGGCUCUCCCCGGAAAACUACGUGCACGCGGUGCUGCGAGGCUCGUGUGAGCCCAAUGGCCCGGGAGAGGAGCUGGAGCCUGCGGGGGAUCGGGACCCCAAGCGCUGCGCCCUGAAGCAGCCGCCGGGCGCCGCCGAGAAGCCGGAGGAGGCGGAGAGGCCGAAGCCGCGGAGCCGCAGGAAGCCGCGCGUCCUCUUCUCGCAGGCGCAGGUCUUCGAGCUGGAGCGGCGCUUCAAGCAGCAGCGCUACCUGUCGGCGCCGGAGCGCGAGCACCUGGCCAGCAGCCUCAAGCUCACCUCCACGCAGGUGAAGAUCUGGUUCCAGAACCGGCGCUACAAGUGCAAGCGGCAGCGGCAGGACAAGUCGCUGGAGCUGGGCCCCGCGCCGCCGCCGCCGCCGCGCCGGGUGGCCGUGCCGGUGCUGGUGCGGGACGGGAAACCCUGCCUGGGGGGCUCGCCGGGCUACGGCUCGCCCUACAACGCGCCCUACUCCUACAACGGCUUCCCGCCCUACGGCUACGGCAGCUCCACCCCCUACAACGCCAGCUACGGCUGCAGCUACCCCGCGGGCGGCGCGGGCGGACAGCCCGGCUGCAGCCCGGGCGCGGGCGCGGGACCCUUCGUGAACAUGGGCGGCCUGGCCGGGUUCGGCGGCGCGGCCCAGCCCCUGCACCAGGGCGCCGCGGGGCCCUCCUGCAGCCAGGGCGCCCUGCAGGGAAUCCGGGCCUGGUAGCCGCGGGGGCGGCGGACACUCUGGGCCAGGAAGGAGCCUGGCGGCCGCGGGGAAGGACAGGGAACCGCGCCGCCCCGGCUGGUGCCCGAAGGCUGCUCGCUAGAGGCAGACUGGAGCCCAGCGCGGCCCUCCGCGCCGCUUCGUCCAGGGCGGGAGCUGCAAGCACCGGCCGGCGCCAUGCGCCCAGCCGCUGCGCUCGGCGGAGCCUCCUGUCCCGGCUCCAAAGUGCCCCGGGCGGGGGAGGGGCGGCGCGGCAGCUGUUGGGGCCGCAGGACAGAAGCAGGCUCGCCCCAAAGCCUCUCCGGUCCCCCGCGGCGGCCGGGGUGGGGAGCGCGUCCCCCGGCUCUGGGUGGCUCGUUGCAGGGCUGGGCAUGGAGCUGGAAGCCCCGCACAGUCCAAGCAGCUUCGCUUGUAAAAAGCCAAAGUGUCGGGGCCUGGGGAGGCAGCCGCGCGGGGAGCCGGGCCCUGUAUCUACUCUGUAUCCGCUGUACGUGCCAGCCCGCGCAGGAGCGACGGGGUUAAUA